UCAUUUGUCAUUUGUUCUCGAAGAUUUAUAUUGUCGACGUAAUAGCAUAAUAAUCAUGCUGCGAUACAUGUUAGUACUUUUAUACGUGAUAACGUAUUGUACGGCAAAUACGGAAAGUCCAAUUGGAACUGAUACGGCAAUCAAUGGAUUGACAGACUUUCCUACAGCUGCAAGCAAGUUAUUACCAAACGCAAAUGGAAAUUUGUCUCCGGCACAGCAGGUUAUUUACAUUUACGGACCGCGUCAAUGGAAAAUGCAAGAUGGUAUCAAUCUGAUAGAAAAAGCAGGAAGCGAUUACCUUAUUACGCCUGGCAUGGGUGCUCAUAAACUUCACGCCCGCAAGGUGCCAUGGAACAAAGCUCGUAGAAUUUGCAUUCAAGAAGGGGGUCAUUUGGCUGUCAUUAACUCCAAUUCGGAGGAAAAGCUGCUGUUGCACAUUUUGGAGGAGAACAAGAUAGAUCGGGCAUGGCUCGGUGUACACGAUCUCUACGAGGAGGGCGAUUGGAACACGAUCACGGAUGAAUCUCUGGAAGCCACGGGCUACUCAAAAUGGACUUUGAAAAUUGCCAACGAACCCGACAACCAUAACGGGAAGCAGCAUUGCGGAGUCCUCCUAAAGGACGGCGGGAUGGACGAUACCGAGUGCACCGCGGCAGUUGCCUUCUUCUGCGAAAUUACCGUCUGAAUCAGCGAAUCCUCAUAAAUCGUGCGAACGCGAGAUCAUAAUCGGACGUUGUAACGAUACGCGAUUUAUCAAAGGUUUAUAAUUAAAUAGUCAUCCUGAGAUGUGCUAUCAAGAUCGAAUUAACAACGUCGUGUGAUAAUGCAGGCGUAUUUUCACGAUUAAUGAAAGCGAUUAUAGGUCAUAAGCUCUAUUUUUAUACCUAACGAUUAUCUUUAAGGAUGUUGAAUGCUGUGGAACAUGCGUAAAACAUACUAAGAAAUGAUGAAAGGAGACUAUUAUCUUCUUACAAAAUAUACUUAAGAAUGUCGAUUCUUUAGAAGCAAUAUAAUUGAUAGAACAUAAAGAGGACGAUUGAAAAAUAAUAUAAUAUAAACAAAAAAUGGGAAAGACUUGUUUUCUCUAGAUUAUAACUGUAAUAGUUAAAAUUAACGGAAGACAUAAAGUGAAUUUUAACUAGAA